AUGCUCGCAAGAUCCACCCCGCUUACAAAACAGAAAAAAUUCAUCAGCAGGCUUGUAAAGGGAAUACCGGACACCAAAAGGCCGCCCAUCUGGUCGAUUUUGCUUUCAGAGGGAGAGUUUUCUUCUUUUGAUUGGAUAGCCACCAAUCGGCCAGAUGUUCCCGUUGAUUCUAUAACCGAUUUUGCAUAUUUCAAUGCGCUAUAUCACCUUCCCUCUGAAUAUGAGAAGCAGAUUGAUCUUGACAUCAGUAGGACGAUGAGAAACAGUUGCCUCUUCAGCGAAAGAUACGGAAUUGGGCAAUCCGCCUUAUUUAAAAUAUUGGUAGCUCUUGCAAAUGCUAUUCCAACAGUCGGCUAUUGCCAGGGAAUGUCUUCGGUGUGUGGAUUUCUGCUGUCAUAUCUUCAAGAUGACCACACCACUUUCAAGGCCAUUUUAUAUAUGUUUGGACGCGAUUCGUUGACAAAUUUGUAUUCUUCAGGAUUUCCGAAGCUAUUUGAAACUUUUAGCAUGCACGACCGGCUGCUGCAAACGCUAUGUCCAAAGCUUUGGAGAUAUUUUGUAAGAGUUAUAAAUUUUGUUAUUUAUAGAGCGAUUUACACAUUACGUCAAGCACGUACGCCACAAAAUGGCAAGCUAUCAAGGCUUUCGUUUGACGAGGCCAUGUAUGAGCUCUCCUCUUGCUUUGAAAAGGACCUUGGCGAGGGCAGUAUUAAGCGAUUUGAGCUGAUCGAUGCCAUUUGUAGACGGUCGCUUUCGUCGUUUAAAAGAUUUAGAAUAUCUACCUCAGCAUCACUUCCCAUCCCGUCAUCAAUAGAUGAGUUUGUCAGUCUAAAUCUGGAAGGAUCUGGAGAAAACUCUUUCAGCGGAAGCGCUGAAAACGAGAUCACUUAA